UAGGUCAAAGACGGUUUGGUUGGUUUCUUCUUGAAAGGAACUUUGGAUGUGCACAAGAUGUUGAAGGUUGUUUGGUUGGUGAAGAUGUUUACAUCAUUCAGUCAAGGCCACAACCUCUGCAGAAUAUCUUUUUUUUUAUGUGCUAUAAAGCGAACUAUAAUAAAAAUGUUCGAAAACAAUUCUCCAUAUAUGUAAUUACUAUAUUUUUUAGUCACGUUUGUAGAAUUAUCAGAUUUUAAUUUAUGAAAUAGAUAAUCGUUUUUAUAUAGACUUAAUAUUUUUAUAAUAUACACAAGAUUUUGUCAUAUCAUUGUGUUAUUUUCCUUUAAAAAAAAUACAAUAGAUAUAUGAUAAUCUCAGAACUUGCAAAGAAAUAUUAGAUUUUGUUUAUUUUAUGAAUUAAAACUGAAUCAAAAGUUGAACAUAUGACGUGAUAUUUCUUGUAUGUAUAUGUAACUUUUAUAGUUUGUAAUCAUAAAAUCAUAUAAUGAUUAUUUGCUAUUCAUGUAUGUUGCUCACUUGGUGUUUUGGCUAAUUAGAAUCUCAAGCGAUCAAUCUAAACCCUACAUAAGUUAAAGGAUCUUGAAAAAAAUGUAAAAUCAUGUAAAGUACCCAAAAUGGAAAAAGUAGAAAGAUCACUAGAUCUCCUCCGAAUCCAAAAACACAAUUAAUCCAGCUGAUUUUUUUUUCACAAUUUCUUUCUCCUUUAAAUAUUCAACAUAUAUAUUUUUGAGUUUCCACAAAAUAUUUUCUUAAGAGUUCUGUAAUAUUUGUUGCUCACAAGAAAGAAAGAUAACGAGAGAGAUGGCUGAUGAAGUUCCAAGCUUGGCAGAGUCGAAGUUAACAGCUUUGGUCGUCGAUGACAACUUUGUAAAUCAAACCAUGCAUCACAAACUGCUGGACCGUCUAGGUAUUAAAAAUGACGUCGUUUGCAACGGCCAAGAAGCUGUCGACGUUCAUUGUUCCGGGAGAAACUAUGAUCUUAUUCUUAUGGACAUGGAAAUGCCCAUCUUGAACGGUAUUCAGGCGACAAAGAGACUAAGAGAGAUGGGGAUAGAGAGCAAGAUAGCAGGAGUAACAACUAGAGCUAACGAAGGAGAUAAGAAAGAGUUUAUGGAAGCUGGUCUUAAUGACUUUCAAGAGAAACCUCUCACCAUCUCCAAACUUUUGUCGAUUCUCCACAGACUUGACUUUCAUGUACAAACCUAGUUAAUCUACACUAUUUGUUAGUGAUUUUUGUUAAGUCUUCACAUGUUUUCUAUAACAUAUACUUAUAGUUCGUAAUAUUCUUACUUCAGAAUAUAGUAAUCACCAAUACCAAUUUCGAUAAAAGUUUCCGAGCAAGUGACCAUGCUUAACUUACAUAUAUAAUAUAUAGUUGUUUGAUAUUUUCGGUUCAUGAUUCAAAAAUUUGGUCACGUUUAUUAUGAUUUAUAAAGACAUCAUCACCUCGGCCAUUUUCUUAACGAGUCAGGAUGCUUUGUAGCGAAACGAAUAACGCUUCAUGAAAAGCAGCGAUGUGUCACGUGAAUAGAGCUAACAUGUUUAGUUAAAUCCGAUGUAUCUUGGCCUACAAAAAAGUGCGACGUAGAAACAAAAUCUAUUUUAUCAAAUUUUAGUAUCACAAGAGAGACAUCAAAGCUCUUAAUUUGAAGAAGACUCACGAAAAACUCACGUGUGAUCCCUAAAGGUGUGGUACUCCUCGGGAACCUCGAUCUCUCCAGCCUCAGGUUCCCCGUACCGUACUUAGUCAUUUCUUGGACUUUUUGACUUUUUAUGAUGUGCCUUCCUCCUCGACCCUUCAUAGCUAUAUCAUAACUAUGUUCAAACUAGGAAUUGAAAGCAAACCACAUGUGCUACUAGCAAUCUAUUAUCACUUCAUUCAUUGACAAUUAGCGUUUACGCAAGGCACAUGUGUAAUGUGCUAAGCUAGUUUGACGCUUAGGCAUAAGGUCACAUUCCGGUCUAGAGCAUAACCAAAUAAAGAGCAAGACAUGGUUCAGAUGUGACAACCAUUGGUUUUUGUAAAGCCUUCAUAUAUAAAGUAAAGCUUAUUUAUUCAACUUGAAUCGUCAUAUUUCUCUAGUGUAUGAUACAAUUCUUAUGACAAUACUACAAGAAAUAUUUUUGUCAGUUUUUUUUUUGUGUGUGUCAACAAU